UGCCCUCCGCCAACAUGGCUCCCAAGUGGUUUUCGUCUAGAACCUGGGUCGCAAUUUCGUCGUCGCUAGCUACGGCUGCGAUUCUUCUCGGGACGAUCCAAAUACGCAAGCAAUGCAGCCGGCGCAAGUACGAGAAGCUUCUUCGCGAGGAGUCGACGGUCGACGUGAUGCUCGAUGAGACGGGAUUCCCUAUUGACAAGAAAGAACGCGCAGCGGCUUCGCAGUUGCUAAAGGAAGAAGAUCCAGAGAUGAAGGAGCAACUGAUUCGGGAGCAAUUGGCUCGGAAUUACGCGUUUUUUGGUGAAAAAGGCAUGAGUCAAUUACGAAACGCGCUUGUUGUCGUCGUUGGAUGCGGUGGUGUCGGUAGUUGGGUUACAGUGAUGCUGGCACGUUCAGGCGUCGGUCGAAUUCGUAUCAUUGACUUUGAUCAGAUUUCUUUGAGCAGUCUGAAUCGCCAUUCUGUCGCGACGCUGAAAGAUGUUGGCACGCCUAAGGUUGUUGCCCUCAAGAACGCUAUAGCAUCGUUUGCUCCUUGGGUGGAUGUAGACGCUCGUAUCACGCUGUUUCAAAAGGACAAUGCGGAUGAAUUGCUGAUGGAAGGCCAACCCGUGUUCAUCGUGGAUGCUAUUGAUAACAUUCAGACAAAGGUGGACCUUUUGGCCUACUGUCAUGAGCACAACCUGCGUGUAAUUUCGUCGACAGGUUCGGCCUGUAAGUCGGAUCCCACUCGUAUCAACAUCGCCGACAUUUCUGCUACGGCCGAGGAUCCUUUGUCACGCGCAACCCGUCGUCGUUUGCGUCUUCGUGGAAUUACGGAGGGCAUUCGUGUCGUGUACUCGUCAGAAAAACCUGAUCCUGAAAAGGCGUCCUUGCUGCCGCUGUCUGAGGAAGAAUUCUCCAAGGGACAAGUCGAUGAAUUAAGUGUGUUGCCUGAAUUCCGUGUUCGCAUUCUUCCCGUCAUGGGUCCUCUGCCUGGUAUUUUUGGUCUUACCAUUGCAACACACAUUCUUACGACUUUGGCUGAAUAUCCUACGGCUCCCAUUUCUACGCAGUCUCGUCCCCGUUUGUAUGAUGAGUCUCUUAAGCGAAUUCACGCUGAGGCACGCAACGACAACGUGCACCUUGACUACCGCUUCUCGGCUGCCGAAAUGUCGUACUUGAUUGAGGAAGUUUACGCUGGUCGUAGUGCUUUGCCUCCCCAUGAAACUCAAAAAAUCACUCUCGUGCGUUGGGACCCGGCGAAACCAUUUGCCAUCGAAAACUUUGUUGCCAUGACUCGCAACGAAGCCAGACACCAUGAGGAGACUGUGCUAGCAAACAAGCUUGAUCCUACCGCUGUGUAUCCCGCUGAGGUUGUUGAGACUGUUCACAAAUUUUUGAAACGUAUCCAGUGUUGGAAACAGUUGUACUAGGUGUACAUCCUCCAACAUCUUCCCUAUCCAUUUUUGGGUUCUGUUUCUUCGUUUUUCCCCUUCUGCUUUCAUCUUUUUCUUGUAUACUGCUCUGGGGCUUUCCCCGGAACCUCCGCGGGACUUCCGCAAACAUCCGCGGUACCACCAGGCCGACAUCGUGACCACAACCAGGAUAUCGGCUACUCUAACCAACGCAGCAGCG